AUGGAGCCCUAUGUGGCUCAAAAAAGUAAGGUAUGUCAACGAAGCAAAUGCCGUUGCUAUCCGUUCCUUAAUUGUCCAAUUGAGCGAUUGAUGAGAAGUUGAUUGACAAACCGAUCAAGUUUUGAUAAUGACGGCUGUUCAGGCACGUGUAGGUAGAUGUCUUGGAUAUGCAUCUUGAGUUGUCCCCAAUUACCCCUCACCCCACGAACACCUGCUUCUCGAUAUAGCAAUACUUUGCACUUCAGUUGCCGCGCGAUUGAUACGUAGUAAACAAGCUUAGUCUUCCAAUGUGCAUGACGUGCGCAUCCCUCGUAUUUGCGCCAUCUUUGCGCGUGCGCCCCGGGUCCCGGCGCCGGCAACGGGCCCAAACCAGGACUCUCGAACCCUCCGGACGUCAUCGCUAACCCGAGACUGGGUCUGAGCCUAACUCACCAUGCCGCCCACGAGUAGCUUCAGCGAAAUACCCACAAUAGACCUCUCCCUCGCCAGAGACCCCACAACAGAGGCCGACUUACUCAACGACCUACGCCAUGCUCUCAUUAACGUCGGCUUUCUGUACAUCAUCAACCAUGGAGUUCCCGAACACACAAUUUCCGAUGUGGUCGAUGCACUGCCAAAGUUGUUCGCGCUUCCGCCAGAAGCAAAAGCCGAGAUCGCGCUGGGCAAUUCCCCCCACUUCCUGGGCUACAGCGGUGAUGGCGCGGAGACGACGGCGGGGAAGAGCGAUCGCAGAGAACAGGUUGAGUUUGCUACAGAAUUACCCAGUGGCUUAGAAGAGGGUUUGUCGUUGAGAGAACGACUAAGAGGGCCGAAUCAGUGGCCGUCUGCUUACCCAGCGCUGCGUCCUAUUGUUGAUUCGUACAUCUCAGAGAUGACCAAUCUAGGGAACCGCUUCCUUGUCCUGGUAGCCAAAGCCCUUUCCCUCCCGCCAGAGACCUUCCUCCCCUACCUCUCGGACCAACACCGUCUGAAGCUAGUUCACUACCCCGGCCUUCCAGAAGAUGAAGCAGCCAUCCAAGGCGUAGGCCCGCACAAGGACUCAUCUGGAUGGUGGACUUUCCUUCUUCAGGCCUCACCGCCACAUAUCAAGGGCUUACAAGCCCUCAACAAGACAGGCGAAUGGAUAAACGUACCAGUGCUACCGGGCUCCUUCGUCGUCAACAUCGGCCAGGCAUUUGAGGUGGUGACGAACGGCGUAUGCAAGGCAACAACGCAUCGUGUGCUAUCUGGUCAUCUUGAGAGGUUCAGCGUGCCGUUUUUUCAAGGCGUGAGGAGGGAUCUUACCAAGGAAGAGGCAGUUGGGUCUCUUAGGGAGCAUUUUGCCAGGCCUGAGAUUCGGGGGUUGGUGGCGGAGUCGGAGGAGGGGAGGGAGAUUGACUCGGCAUUUUUGAAGGGAAAGUAUGAUACAUGGGGGGAGAGUCAGCUGAGGACGAAAAUUAGGAGUCAUAGGGACGUUGGGAGGAAGUUUUACGCGGAUGUUUUUGAGAAGUAUGUUAAUGAUGAUUGAUGGCUUUUCCCGUCGUGCACCGACAGCAGUAUAGCUUGAGCAUGAUUCGAUAUCAUCAAAUGUCAUGGUAGCUGCUCAUGGUUUAUUGAGCGUGCUCAUUUGUCACGGCUAGGGGAAGAAAGGGUGGCUUGCGGAAAGGAUAUCCCGCAUGGAGAUCGCAUUUUUAUAAAAUGGCCACGUCACCUGAGACCUGUGUGGCUCCGAACCUUGAUUACGUUGGAAUCCUCUUGCAUAUUAUCGUCUCGUUCUCGUGAUAGGCGACAAUGCUGUGUUGUGGACUUAUGCUCUUUCAAGAACUUUAGAUCCUUCCCGGCAAAUUGCUGAGUGCCUUGUCUAUUGUGUGGUGUGCUCGGAAUAUUGGCUGUUAUCUCUUAAAAUGGCAUUUCAAGU